CGCGGCGCGGCUGUCAGUCAGUCAGGAGCGCAGCGCAGCGGCGAGGAGGGGGCGACCAUGGCGGUGGACCUGGGGCUGUGGAGCGGGCCGCUGAGCCUCACCGAGGUGGAGCAGAGACCCGCGCAGCCCCUCAGGGUCAAGUACGGCUCGGUGGAGAUCGACGAGCUGGGCAAGGUGCUGACGCCCACCCAGGUGCAGCACCGCCCCACCAGCAUCGAGUGGGAUGGCUGCGACCCCCAGAAGCUUUACACGCUGGUUCUCACGGACCCUGAUGCUCCCAGUAGGAAGGACCCGAAGUUCAGGGAAUGGCAUCACUUCCUGGUGACCAACAUGAAAGGCAACGACGUGGGGAGCGGGACCGUGCUGUCAGACUACGUCGGGUCGGGACCCCCCAAAGGAACAGGGCUGCACCGGUACGUGUGGCUGGUGUACGAGCAGCCAAAGGAGCUGAAGUGCAACGAGCCCAUCCUGUCUAAUCGCUCUGGCGACAAGCGAGGGAAGUUCAAGGUGGCGGCUUUUCGCAGCAAGUACGACCUGGGGGUGCCGGUGGCUGGCACCUGCUACCAGGCGGAGUGGGACGACUACGUGCCGAAACUCUACGAGCAGCUGUCUGGGAAGUAGGGAGGAGGCACCUGCACGAGCACCGCAUGGCACCCCUGAUCCCCCAGAGACCAGCCUGCUCAAAGCACCUCUCCGUAGUUCUGUUUGCCUGUGAGUUGAACCCGGCUGCUCCCGCACUGACCUCCUGAGCCGAACCAUAACCUUGUUGCCGUCCACAAGCUGAAUCUGCCUUGUUCUCAGCGCAGUCUGGACUCGUGCUGUGCUCGUUCCUGUAGGUGCAGCCUGUAGCUAGCUCAGAAAGCUUCUGAAAAGGCAAGGGGCAGCCCCUCCGGGCUGACCUGCUCAAGGGAAGUCGAACCCUCUGUGAACCGCUGCCACCUCAGGGUGUCCGUGCUGUACUGAGGCAGCGUUACGCGGCACUGGUGUGGGUGCAGAACCACUGCUGGUUGGUGCUGGCUGCGGAGCCUUCCCCUUCCAGGAGGGGAGAAGGCAGCAGUCAGAGGGAAGCUGCUUUUUGUUUUUUCCUCCCUCAAGUAUUUGGCCAAUGAAGUGAACCACUAAAGUCAUUGCUUUAAAGAUAUCGAGAAGAACGAGGCAGGGAAGCUGGUUAUCUGCUGAUUCUCUAUUCUCUUCUGAUCUCUGUUGCCACUCGAAGCAGAGCGGCUUUGUUUUGUUCAUGUUCUGUUGUGACCCGAUGCGUGCUCACAGUGCAAUUAAAAACUUCCCAAGGCA